AUGCCCGGUUCGGAUUCAAGUGAUGAGUUCAAUGAUGAUGUUUUCAUCGUGGACAUCGAUAGCAUACAGGCCCAUGGGAUUGGCGCUACCGAUAUCACAAAACUGAAGACCAAUGGUUUUUAUACUGUUGCUUCCGUUCAUGGGGCCACCCGGAAAACCCUGCUGAAGAUAAGGGGAUUCAGCGAGGUCAAAGUAGAGAAGAUUAAGGAUGCCGUUAACAAAUGUUUGCCCUCUGCUUCUGGGUUUAUCACGGCAAUGGAGUUGAGCCAUCAACGGAAGAGAGUCGUUCGCAUCUCAACUGGAAGCAAGCAAUUUGAUUCCAUCUUGGGAGGGGGUUUCCAAAGCAUGAGUAUUAGUGAAGUAUUUGGAGAAUUUCGCUGUGGCAAAACACAGUUAUCGCAUACCAUGUCCGUCAUCGCACAGCUCCCAAGAGAAAUGGGAGGCGCGGAUGGCAAGGUUGCUUACAUUGACACCGAGGGCACCUUCAGGCCAGAGCGUAUCGCCCAAAUCGCAGAACGAUUCGGUGUUGACCCUGACUCGGCUCGAGAGAACAUUGCCUAUGCGCGGGCCCUAAAUAGCGAACAUCAGUUGGAGUUGUUGAAUACGUUGAGCAAGGAGUUUGCUGGCGGGGAAUAUCGACUUUUGAUCAUCGACAGCAUCAUGAAUUGCUUCCGGGUGGAUUACUGCGGGCGUGGAGAACUCGCAGACCGCCAGCAGAAGCUUAACCAGUUUUUGAUGAAGCUCGCCCAUAUGGCUGAAGAAUUCAACGUGUGCGUCCUAAUGACAAAUCAAGUUCAGAGCGAUCCUGGAGCUAGUGCCCUCUUUGCUGGUGCAGAUGGCCGCAAGCCUGUAGGCGGACAUGUUCUGGCGCAUGCGUCCGCAACUCGAGUUCUUCUUCGCAAAGGCCGCGGCGACGAACGAGUAGCAAAGAUUCAAGAUUCUCCAGACUGUCCCGAACAAGAAGCGACAUACGUGAUCACCAACGGUGGUAUCAAUGAUCCCGAUAAGGCGUAGAGUGUAUUAUCUAUUUAAGAUGCAUGGGACGAGACGAGACAUAUACAGGGCCCUGAUAUUCGGAGUCUAUCGUGAAAAAGAGCUUCUCUUGAUAGGUGUGUUAUUAACCAAUAUGAAUUUGUUAUGUGUCUCUAGUAGUAGCUCUAUGUGAGUGGUG